AAUUGCUGAUAGCUUAAAAUUUAUCAACAUUCAUUCCUACGAAAGCGAUCGAUCACUUCUCUCACAGGCACCUCGUCUCAAAACAUGACAUAUUGAAUGAGAGAACCUCUCUAUAUUCCGUUGGGUUUUAUUUUUUGUUGAGUAAAUAUUCGACAAACAGGACAGUGGAAGAAGGAGGAGAAGAAAACAAUUCUCAAAAUUAUGGCAAUGGAGUCUCUUAUCACUUGAUUGGUUCAUAAUCGUAAUCACAGGAUAUGGAUGUUAACUCGAAGGUAGAAUUUUUGAAAUUUCACCAAGGAUAUGUACGAGGAGUGGCAUUUUCGCCUGUGGAUCGUUACAUAUUCUGCUCUGGUGCGUAUGAUGGUAAAGUUAAUAUCUACAGUGCAAAGAAAUGCCACCUCUUGGGAAGUUAUCCUGUGAGCUUAUUGGAUCUGAAUGUUACUGACAUGUUACAUUUUCAUCUACUUUUUUCAAUCUGUCAGAUCUUAGCAUCCACAAAUGCCAGAAGACUGGUUGUGAUGGAUGUGGAAACAGGAGAACAAAUUGUAUCUUAUGACAACUGUGUAUACAAUGGUCCAGACAGGACUGGUUUAGCAGUAGACAUUCAAGCAGGUCCUAACAUUGCUGCAUGCUGCUGUGUGAACGGACGUGGUUUGUCCAUUUUUGACCUCAGAAUGCCUCUUCCCUUGGAUUUCAUUUAUGACCUUCACAAUAAUGUCAUUCGGGAUGUGAUGUUUCUUCACGAGAGCUGGCCAUGGUGUAAAGGACAGAAUGCCCUGUUAUCAGUUGCUAUUGAUGGCACUGCAAAGGUAUCAACAAUCGAUGGACGCACAUUACAAAAUACUGAGAUAGGUUCCAUGUUGAACACAGCUGCUCCAACACCAGAACCCUUUGGGUCAAUGGCUGAUGAUGGAUUUUAUAGCCUUAUUAUGUUUGGUGGUGAGCUUCUGACAAGUUUUGUCCCAGAGGUUGGAGUCCAGGAGCGUAUGAGAGAGCAUGGCAAAGAUCCAUUAUGGAAAAUUAAAUAUACUUCCAAUGGAAGCACACUUUUCACUGCAUGUGAUGGAGGAGUGAUCAGAAAAUACAGAAGAUUCCCUGAUCACCAUGAGUUUGUGGAGGAUCUUUUCUGUCAUUCAGAUGAUGUAGAAGAUAUUGACAUUUCACCUUAUGAUGAAUAUUUGGUAACAGCUUCCAAGGACCACAGUGUGGGCGUGUUUAAACUUGGACCUCCCAGUCAUGGUGUCACUGAGUAUGGAGAGAUAAGGUAGUAUUUGAAACACACUGCAGCUUGAAAAUAAAGUUACACUCUGGAAACAAGUAAUGAUUUACAGAAGGCUUUCAGAAGAGACUGUCCUGAACCAGGGAUUUGUGGUACAGAUAAGGUGCUGGCAAGUUGUAUAUUUGCUGGACUACUUGUAAGGAGAAAUGAAGACAAAGGAGAUAAAUGAAAUUUGACAGCUAUGUUACAUGAUAUGAAUGGUAUCGCAUGGGCUGGGAAUAAAGGCUGGUCAACGGACAGGAAGCAAUCAUCGGAUGAGGUUGAACAUAGGUUAAUUAUCAUGAAUUAUCAAAAGAGAGGUAUGAGUUAUCUGCGGAAGCCAAAGGCUGAG